UUCAACACCUCCUUCUCGUACGCAUCUUUGCCGCUUGCGCAAGUUGUUACUUAAUCGAUGUACUGCUGCAAAAGUCUCAUGUGAAAAGUAGUUCUCUCAAAGACAAAACUUGUAGCUAUGGUUGGACACAGUGAAGCGAUUGAAGCAAACUGAAGCCGUUCUGUGCGUUGUCACGCACGUACCCCAAGAGAUGCGUUUGGUGAAAGCGUUGCGUGAAAUUGCCGAUAGAAGCAUGACGUCUCGAAGAUGGUAGUCGUGGCUCUACCCCGGGUGAUAACUCUCAAUGUCGGUGGAUACCACUUUGUAACUACUCUGUCCACACUGACCAAGGACAAAGACUCUAUGUUAGCUACUAUGUUUAGUGGCCGGCACGAACUGGACACAGAUGGUGAUGGGAGAUAUUUUAUUGACCGGGAUGGAACCCACUUCAAAGAUAUCUUGAAUUAUCUCCGAGACAGUAAACAGUUACCAUCCGCUGACCGAGCUCUCGAGGUUUACAAAGAAGCUCAGUUCUAUCAAAUAGAAGGCUUGAUAGACACUUUAGAACGUUUCUCCAACGUCUUCGCGCACAAAUUGGAAGAAGCAAAGAAAUCUAAACUUGGAUGCGAUUUUGAAAAGUGGCAACAACAGAUCCUCAUUUGCGCACAAAACAAGAGUCUUGAAAACUUGACGUCCUCAAGUAAAGUAAGCCUGCUGUCGCAAGAGGAUCAUAAAAAGAUUAUGGAAUGCGGAGACUGCGUUGGGCCGCAUGCGCACAGCCUGAUCGUUUCCAAUCCCGCGAAACGAGCGGGCUCAGCGCAAAUUCGCGACACGCUGGAAAACGUGCAACGACGCGUGAAAGAAACGGAGCCUGUAGUCUGUCCUUUAAAAGAUGCUGAGAUGAAAACUUUUGUGGCUAUGACCAUGUUUGAUUUGAUGAACAAAGGAUACGCUGUAAGCCUUUGUGAAGAAACUAUUCAGUGUAAGAACACCAAUGUGUAUUAUGGGAUAGGUAGGGAAGAGUGUCAUUUGAACAUCACGGAGCACGUGAUCGAGUUUGAAUGGUGUAUGCGCUAGAAUUGAACCAGCAUCACCAGGAAUUGCGGUCAAAAGAGCUCUGAACGAGCGCCUGAGAGCAGGUCUGCAAUGCGUACUUUGAAACUUCGUUCAGAGAAAAGCUAUUUACGCCAGCUUAAAAUAUAGUUGGUUUAUAAGUUUUAAUUCUUUAACAAAAAAAAAUUCGCAUACGAGUUGUUAUAUAUCAAAUUUAACGUGCAGAACACUUUCUUUAAACUGAUGAGCGCAAGGACUUCUAGCAUCAGUGAAAGAAAAAAUUACAUGUUAGGAGCCUUAGUAGAUAUAUAAGUAUAUGUUCUGAAUAAUUUUGUGAAGUAAAAGUCUUUUAAAGUUCAUUGUGCUGUGUCACAAACAUGUCGAUUGAAAAGACGGACAUGUCUUUCGAAGAGAUAAGUUAAGUGUGAACACAGAUAAGAUCGUGAAAUGUACAAGUCGAUUCUGACGAAUUAUUAAUGAUUUUUAGAUAAAUUAAAACAAACUGAGAAGCUUGAAAAAGUCAUUGCCUCUCGUAAGCUUUGGAACAUGCGCAUUACAAAUGGUAUCUAACGCCCCAGUUUAAGCAGCUUUAAGGUACUAGAAAUUUUCCUAUUUAAAAAAAAUCUUUCCGUACACAAAUAAUCGACAUUUGUAUGGGAAUCAUCUGUAAUUUUCAUUUGACAACGUUUGUGCCAACGAUAGGUGUCAGAUUUUCCAAAAAUAUGUCGAAAUACUCUAAAUGUUUCUUUCGCUUUUUUUGCUUGGCUGUUUUGAUGUUGUUUUACUUGUGCACGUCUGUGGUGACGUUAUUGUAGGUGAUAAGCGUCCUGAUCGAACUAUAUGCCCAUGAUUUGCGAUGAUAAGAAGA